AUGUUCAAGCGCGUUGGAGAACACGCUGUGCAUCGUUCAUGCAGAAGAACUCUGGUUCGGAGGCAGGUCGCAACCCGCAAGUUUUCUGUCUACACCAAUCCGAACGCUUCUGUCGCAUCUACAGCGUCUCCUCUAGGGGGACUUACGACUGAGUUGGACCGUAUCGCUCCUAGAUUCGAAAUAUCUGCAUCUAAAGUCACAAUAUUGGACUCGCCUAGCUCGUUUUAUGAGGCACUCAAGCACAAAAUUAGGAAUGCGCGACGAAGAAUAUAUCUCUCAACAUUAUACAUUGGUCAGACGGAACACGAGCUAGUCGAUACCUUGAAUCAGGCAUUGCGAGACAACCCAAACCUCCACGUCUCAAUUCUUACCGAUUGUUUGCGAGGCACUCGAGGAACUCCCAAUCCUUCAACUGCUUCACUACUUGCGCCAUUGGUCGAGGAAUAUGGAGACCGUGUUGAAAUUCGCAUGUUCCAUACUCCUAAUCUAACAGGUCUGAGGAAGAAAUAUAUACCACAACGUAUAAAUGAGGGAUGGGGGCUCCAGCAUAUGAAGUUGUAUGGUAUUGAUGAUGAGAUUAUCCUGUCGGGGGCGAAUUUAUCACAAGACUAUUUCACCAAUCGUGUUGACCGAUACCAUGUCUUCAACUCCAAGGGACUCGCCGACUACUACGGCAAAAUUCAUGACGCCGUCUGUCGACUAAGUUUUCAGGUCCUUCCUGAUGCGAAGAGUGCAGCCGGUUAUCAAUUGAUAUGGCCUUCCUCGAACAAUGCAAACUCACCUCUGGAGAAUCCCAAGGAAUUCAUAAACAAAUCAUCUACAGCACUGCACUCGCUGAUACAACCGAUAGCUCAAGAAAAGGCUACUUCUAUGCGUGCAACAGAAAAGACAUAUGUCUACCCUGUGGCGCAGUUGACUCCGCUACUUCAACCCGACACAUCUACCGAAUUCCCUGCUGUCACUAGCAUUCUCCACUUACUCACCAACGUCUCUGCGUACAAAGACUCUCGUUGGCUUUUCACUGCAGGAUAUUUCAACAUACAUCCCACACUUUCAUCCCUACUGAUAGAGAGUACUUCUCAAAUACGGUCUACACAGGAACCUGCAACCAAGACCCAAGGCACCGUUCUUACAGCGUCUCCGUGGGCCAACGGAUUUUACGGCUCACCCGGUAUAUCUGGAAUGCUUCCAGCGGCAUAUACCCACCUAUCCGCCAGAUUCCUAGACCGAGUCGCCGAAGCCCAACGAACAAACUCAAUUCAACUGAGAGAGUGGCGCCGAGGAACUGUGGGCGAACCCAAUGGCUGGACAUAUCACGCCAAGGGCCUAUGGAUCACAUUACCAAACGACAAAUAUCCAAGUCUGACUUUUGUUGGGAGUAGUAACUACACAAAACGAAGUUAUAGUCUUGAUCUAGAAGUUGGGGCUUUAGUUGUUACAUCCGACGAAAAGUUGAAAAAGCGUCUAUAUGAAGAGACAGAAUGGCUACAGGAGAAUUCGAAGCCUGUCUCGAGAGAGGACCUACGCAGAACAGAGCGCAGAGUUGGCUGGAAUGUGCGACUCGCGAUGUGGAUUGUGGAAAAGGUUGGUGGUGCAUUGUAGAUACGCUAUGAUAAUCCAUGUACAAUAAUGAUAGAUAUACGUAAUAGAUAUAAUCAAUUGAUA